AUGUCAAUCCUAAGCCAAGAUGAAGAGUUUAUGGAUAAUAUGAAAUAUGCCACCCCUGAUCAACUAUCAGACAAGGCAUUAACUAAAGCAGAAAAGGAAUUGGAGAACUUGCAACAACAAAAACAACAACAGCUUUUAGAUCAGAAUAAAGAGUUUUUGCAAAAUCUAUUUCAAGAAAAUUCAACUCAACCGAUUAAGAUACGAAAUGUUCAAUUGACUAAUGGUGCUCAGUUUCGUGAAUCGUUUGUUGAGUCACAGUUUCAGCCUUUACUUACUGGUCAUGUAAUUCCCUUACAUCGAUACUUGUCCAUUGUGGAUAACAUUCUGAAAAAUUUGAUUAAAGUUGGUGUUGUUGAGAAUGUGCUAUGUAAUACGCAUCAAGUGGCAUCGACUCCCAACUCUCCCAUGUUGGGGAUGCGACGUGGGUUCAGCAUGGGAGCUGGUGCUAUACAUGUAGUGCCCAUCUUCAAUACUAUACCCAUCAAACGUUUUUUCGCUAAAACAGGCACCAAUAUUGGGAAUGGAGAAGGUGAUGGAUACAUUCAAUUUCAACUACGAAACAUAUUUGGUGGUGGAGAGAACCUUGUGUUUGAUGCCGUAACUGGUACCAAAACGUCUAGUUCGUAUUUACUAAACUAUAAUCAACCAAUUGCAAAUAACUGUAACUAUAUUUGGGAAAAUUGUCUAAGUUUAAACACAAGGAACCUCGAUUGGAUUCAGAGUAAAGUUCACACAAAGAGUUUAAUCAGCAAAAUCUACACCCAGUUUAACAGUUGCAAUUUGAAUCAUGAAGUGAUUUUGGAGAAUUCAGUACGUGAGUUGGACAAUUAUGGUUCCAAAAGUUUUGAAAUUUUGCAACAAAGUGGUCAAAAUGUGAAAUCUUCAAUUGCAUACAACAUCAACUACGAUACAAGAGAUAGUAAGCAUUUGCCAUUCAAGGGAGUCUUUGUUCAAUGUGGGAUUGAAUACAAUGGGCUAUUCAAGUUCAACAAGUAUCCAUUUGUGAAAACUGCGACUCAGUUGCAGCAUGCAUGGAGUUUGCCCUUGAUCAAUUCGCAUGUAUUGUGCAGUACCAAAAUGGGACUUUUAUAUCCUUUGGCUGGCAAGUCCUCGAUACUAGAUAAGUUCUUUAUAGGUGGCCCCAAUGACGUGAGAUCAUUUACUUUGAACGGACUUGGUCCAAGAGAUCAGAAUUCAUUUAUUGGCGGUGACUUAUUCCUCAAUGGUGGUGUUUCGUUGUUUACGGAUAUUCCCAAGUAUAAAGAAUCCAAUUUCAAGUUUCACAAUUUUAUCAACUGGGGUAAAUUGGUACCAUUAGAUCAAAAAAGAUCCGUGUUGCAUAAUGUCAAGCAAUUAUCGCAUUCUUAUUGUUUGAGUUAUGGGUUUGGUAUACUCUACAAUCACCCAAUGGCUAGAUUUGAAUUGAAUUUUGUUUUACCAAUUUUGGCUAAUGAGCGGGACUCCAUAAGAAAGGGAAUACAAUAUGGAAUCGGUGUGUCUUUCUUAUAA